UGUGUACACUAAUGUCAGCCCGGACGGAAGUGCUGGUGCACAGUACACCAUAACCAUUGUUUAGUUAGCGUAAAAACUGAAAGGCGCGUAGGUUUUAGUAAUUUUUUUUCCUGAUACCGCUUCUUUACUUUGUAUCUUAGGUUUUGGAUAGUUAUAAUGUAAUUUUGGUUAAAUGGCAGCUGGAACAUUUCAUUCGUUUGCCGUAGCGUUACAUAAUGCUAAUGUAAAUUAGCCGAAAAACUAGCCAACAUUAGCUAACAGUUCGGAUGUUACCAUAUGUCCCUUCUUCUUUAUCUUUACUGACGGCGCCUGUGUAUUUGGUUGUUCUAGCUAAAUACGCCUCAGCGACGACAACGCAGUGGAAACCGUCAGUGGGAGCAUUGCAGCGGACUUCUGUUUUCAUAUUUGGGAUCUGUAAGCGGUGAGCAUGCCUACUGUGGUGUUAAUGGACGUGUCUCUGUCCAUGACACGACCAGUGUCAUUGGAUGGCAUCGAAGAGUUUCAGAGGAAGAACCUGGCUGUCCACGGACUCAAUAUGUUGUUUGAACACAUGGCCUCAAACUACCGCUUGGAGUUCACGUCGCUGAUGGCCUUUUCUUCCCUGUGGGAACUCCUGGUACCUUUCACCAGAGACUACAAUGCAUUGCAGGAGGCUCUGAGCAACCUGGAAGACUAUGACAAAACCUGUGUUGAAGCAGCUCUAAAUGGAGUUAGUAAUGUAGUACAGCAGGAGUGGGGUAGUGCCUGCCCCUGUCAGGUGGUGCUGGUUACUGAUGGAUCCCUUGGUAUUGGGAAGGGGUCUUUACGCCACUCCCUCCAAACACUGAAACAACGUGGGGAUGACAAGAAAUUUCCUCUUCCUUUCCCUUUUCCUACCAAACUGUUCAUCAUGUGUAUUGCCAAUGCAGAGGAGUUACAGAUGACUGAUGCCAUGGACAACCUGGAGGAAUUACUUUGCCUUAGUGGAGGGGAUGGGCAAAUCUUUACUAUGGAGGGACCGCUUUGCAUGAAGAGUGUACAGACCAUGUUUGGGAAGCUGAUCGAUCUUGUAUACUCUCCCUUCCACGCGGUUUUGCACUGUGGGAAUCUAUCCUCAGAUGUUCAGGUCUUCCCUCGACCUGAGCCUGUCGUGAUGGAUGAAGAGGUGGAGCCUAUGCCCCGGACUGUUAGUACAGAUUUGGAGAUUGUGGGUUUCAUUGAAAUUGCUGACAUUGCAAGUCCUCCUGUCAUAUCCAGACACUUGGUAUUACCUAUUGCUGUAAACAAAGAUGUGGAUGAAGUUGGUACGGGAACCACAGAUGAGCUUGAGGAGGAACCUUCUGCCAGUCAGAUGGCAGGCAAAAGUCCCAAUUUUUGUGUACUUUUACAUGGAAGUCUGAAGGUUGAAGGCAUGGUGGCACUGGUCCAGCUGGGGCCGGAGUGGUACGGCAUGUUGUACUCCCAGGCAGACAGCAAGAAGAAAUCAAACUUGAUGAUGUCUCUUUUUGAUCCCGGUCCGGAGCCUCUGCCCUGGCUGGGCAAGAUAUCACAUUUGGGACCAAUCUCAGAAGCGGCUGAUAAUCCCUACGGAGAGGAUGACAGUAAAAGUCCAUUUCCUGUACAACCACAGGUGAAACGUAGCUAUGCCCAGAAUGUGACCGUGUGGAUUAAGGCCAGUGGACUACAGACUGAUGUCCAGAAGAUCCUGAGGAAUGCCAGGAAACUGCCAGAUAAAACUCAGACCUUCUAUAAGGAGCUGAACCGUCUACGUAAGGCUGCUUUGGCUUUUGGUUUCUGGGAGCUCCUGAAGGGAGUUGCCGAUCUGCUGGAGAGAGAGUGCACCAUGCUGCCAGACUCGGCACAUCCUGAUGCUGCUUUCCAGCUCUCCCACGCUGCACAGCAGCUUAAAUUGGCCAGCACUGGUGACUCCCAGUAUGCUGCUUUUGAUCACAACAUUGUUCCCAUGCACACGGAUUUCUCAAGUUGAGCCGCAUCCGAAUUUGUAUGAAUGAACUCAAAAUAUCAUAGGCUCCGCCUGCGUGGACCAAUGUGCUGCAGUGUUGCAUACACCCUGUAAAGACGUUCACGGGAUUAUUUUACGAAGUCAUCUUUGGAAUUCAGUGUUGUUUUGUUUUUAUAAAUGUUCCUUUGUAGGAAUCUUUUGACACAAUAACCACAUUAAAAUUAGGUUUUUAUUCAUUGUCAAAUAACUGCCACAUUUACAGAACAGAGUAAACAGCUAUUAAUGUUGGCAUUCGUAAUUCAAGUGCAAAUAAUAAAAAAGCAGCCAGAAAAAACCUGUUACAAUUUAACAUUGCUCCUUGAAGGUUGUUGUUGAGCACAAUGGACACUUUUUUUUUUUUUAAGCAGUCUGGUUAUUUGUCCCUGAGCUUUGUGGAAUGGCUUGGAAUUGUGAAAUUAUAACCAAGAGCUUAUCAUGUGGAA